AUGACUUCUCAGGAAGAGGUGCAAGAGACAAAUCCCACUACUGGAAGUCUUGAAGUCAUCUCUGUUGCAGAAGAUGAACCUCCAGCAGCACCACAAAUUCAGUUUACCUUCAAAAGAUUUUUCUUCAUACCACAAGCCAGAGUGGACACCAGUGCAGAUGGACCUGGAGAUAUCGAACCACCUUCGAUGUGCCAUGCUUUUGCCUCCCUAAAAUACUUUCCAUAUAUCUGUGGUUUGUUCCUUGCAGUAAUCCUAGCAGCUGCCAUUGGCCUGGGUGUCCAAUACAACUGCAUUGGGAAGUUUCGCUGUCGAUCGUCCUUUAAGUGUAUCCAGAAAUCAGCCAGGUGCAAUGGUGUCUUCAACUGCAAAGAAGGGGAGGAUGAGUACAGAUGUGUCAGGUUGAGUGGCAAGAAGGCAGUGCUGCAAGUGUUCACUUCUGGAUCCUGGAGAACAGUCUGCUCUGACGACUGGAGAGCAGAGUAUGGAAAUACUACCUGCAAACACCUGGGGUUCUCGAGUUACGUGAGUUCAGGUUACCUGCCCGUGGCAGCAGUCGAAAAACAGUUUCAAAGACAUUUCGUAUCCCUCAGCCAAUGGUUUUCAGCUGAUCAAGUGACAUCCCUGCACAAUGCAACAAACCUCAGAGAGGAGUGCACUUCUGGCAAUGUGAUCAUCUUAAAAUGCUUAGCGUGCGGGACACGGGCCAGCUACGGGCCGCGGAUCGUGGGGGGCAACGCGUCGUCCCCCCGGCAGUGGCCCUGGCAGGUCAGCCUGCAGUUCCAGGGGCACCACCUCUGCGGGGGCUCCGUCAUCACCCCGCGCUGGAUCCUCACGGCCGCCCACUGCGUCUACGACCUGUACUUGCCGAGCUCAUGGAGCGUGCAGGUCGGUUUUGUGACUCAGCAAGACACCCAGGUUCACCCCUAUUCAGUGGAAAAAAUCAUAUACCAUCGAAAUUAUAAACCCAAGACAAUGGGAAAUGAUAUAGCCCUGAUGAAACUGGCAGCACCACUUGCUCUCAAUGGUCACAUAGAACCAAUUUGUCUGCCUAAUUAUGGUGAACAUUUCCCAGCAGGGAAAAUGUGUUGGGUAUCAGGAUGGGGAGCAACUGUGGAAGGAGGUGAUACAUCUGACACCAUGAAUUAUGCAGGUGUUCCUCUGAUUUCUAAUGCAAUUUGCAAUCACAGGGAUGUCUACGGUGGGAUCAUAACUUCUUCAAUGCUCUGUGCUGGUUUCCUAAAGGGAGGGGUGGACACCUGCCAGGGAGACAGUGGGGGCCCUUUAGCAUGUGAAGAUAUGAGUAUCUGGAAGUUGGUGGGGACCACCAGUUUCGGAGUGGGCUGUGCAGAAAAGAACAAGCCGGGUGUCUACAGUCGAACUACUUCCUUCCUGGACUGGAUACAUGAACAGAUGGAGAGAGAAGAACUGCAGACCUGAGGAGAGUGACGAUGUUCAGGGCUCCUGAAAACCCACACCAUGCUCCAGCCCCGUGGAUGGACCCACCUCACUCCUCUGGUCACCUGCUCUGAGCUUCGGACCUUCACAGAAUGCUUUUUACCAUUUAUUUUUGGUACUGGCAACUGUACUUGAUGGAGGCUGUUGCACACUCAGCCUCUUCUGGAUGGAAGAAGCAGCUGGAUGAUGGAUGGCAAGCAUGUGUGUUUACUGGCAACUACAAAUUUCACAUGUAGAAAAAAAGCUAAGGCUGAUAACCCAGGAUGCUGUCAUGAUAAAGUUUUGCAGGUACCACGAGCAAAGGACUAGAGCAACUUCAGAUCAGGUUGCAAGAUAUUAUUUUAGUACUUACUUUCCAAGAUCUGAACCACAAAAAGUAUUUUUCCUCCUGGCAGUUUUCAAAUAUAAGAUCCAUGCUCUGUUGCACAGGCAGCAGCAGCUUUCUUGGAAGCCAGGAAACAAGCAGGAAGCAGGCAGUUGGUAAUUUUGGCAAGUAUGUUCAACUCCUGCUAGAAAAAAAUCUCAGAAUUCAAAUAUUUUUAUCAUGUGGCUGUGAACAAAGUCCCUAAAAAUUGAAUCUUAUGUGCUUUC